AUGCCUGCAUAUUCGGCCGCAAAAGCAGCGCUGAAUGCAUUCAUUCUUUGUUUCAGGGAGCAGCUCAAGUCGACGAAUGUUAAGGUGGUUGAGUUGUCUCCUCCCGCUGUGCAGAGUGAGCUCCACGACUAUAUGACACCUGAAGUGGGACGUAAGAUCGGCAUGCCAUUGGACCAGUUCAUUGAUGAGGCAUUCGCGGGGCUUCAGGCUGGUAAGGAUCAGGUUGUCGUGGGCAGUAUUGCAGACGAGAAGACGUUCUAUGAGGUUCUCAACAACCGGCGGGCGAUGUUUGAGACUUUGUCAAAGCUUCUGGGCUCGGUAUAG